UGCACAGUAGCCUCUUCUUUUUUUUUCUUACUUGGACGCUGCCGUCGCCGCCUGCCGCCACUCUUCCAGCGUCGCCGCUCCGACGGAGCUCUCUCUCUCUCUUCUCUCCAUCUCUCCCUCUUCUCUCUCUUUCUCAACCUCACGCCGGCACUCGUCUUUCUCCCGAUCCGCCGCCGUCGUGCAUGCCCAGGCUGCGGCUUCGUCGCCCUCCUCCCGGAAGUCCGCCGUCUGCAUGCUCCGUCUCCCUCUUUCCCGGUCGGCCUCCCUCUCUCGGUCAGUCUCUCUCUCGCUUGGUUCACCGUACCGCUACCGCCGCUGCGGAUCCGCCGAGGAUCUCCCCCAUCCGCCGACGCCGUUUCUCGACAGAUUUUCAAAGAUAUGGAAGCAGUGGCUUUCGGAGCAAAGGUCGUCGCUUGUUGGCGACGGAGUGUCGAGCUUACUGCCGGAAUCCGGCAAGUUCAUAAAGAUAAGUGUCUGUCCUUCUUUCUAGUUGUUAAGGCAGUAGGAUCCUACUUGGUUUCUAUCUACUGAUUUUGGUGAACUAAGAGUAUAUGUUUGCUAUGUGGAUGAAUAAGUAGUGAAGAUACAGUAUGAUUGUAAUUUUUUUAGGGAGGGGAAGAUUCUAAAAAUAUGUGUAUACUUAUAUGUAAAAGUAAAGGAAAAUGAUGGUUUGAGAUUCACCUCUUUUUUUUAUGUGGAAAGAUAUUGGAUUGUAGUGAAAAAGUUGUGCAAAUCUCCUUCGUACUUCUUUAUCUUUCGUAGGUUGUGUGUGCAUAGAAAUGGAUUGUAUGAUGGUGAUGUGGGGUGAAUGAAGAAUUUGGUUGUAUAUCUAAGUAUACAAAAGAUGGCGGCAAGUGACAAAAGAUAUCAUCUUAAUCUUUAUCUGACAGGAAGAAUGAUUGUCCUUUAGAAAAAAAUUUUGGUUGCAGCUUUAAAUGAUGUGUGUGAAGGUAAUUAAACCCCUUUGGUUGCAGCAUUAAAUGAGGUGUCGGAAGUGACACAUUAAGCCCUUGGGAUCUGCCUCCCCUUUUGUUUAUUAAUAUUAUAUAUAUAUAUAUAUAUAUAUAGGAUUGUGUUCAAAUCCUUUUCACCUAUUAAAUCCAAUCUCUUUCUUAAUCUCCACCCUUUAUUUGAGCCGAUCCAAUGGCCUAAAUAAUUGAUUCUAAUUAUCAGAUUGCAUGCAUUAUUUACGUGAGAAGGGUAUAAUUGAAAUUCUGUGUUGUAGUUAGUUAUGGAAAGUGGCGUGAAUACCUCCCUCAAUGCUUAUUGCAGUUUUGCAGCAAAUCUUUUCCAGAUUUAGUCCACUGCGUGCUCCAUAUUCCAGCGUUUAGCCGACUGCUUACUGCUAAUCGACGAUCAAUCUUUGUUGAAUCGAUUUUUUGAAUCCAAAUCUUACGAAUACGGUUCAUCCCCGGUAUUUCAAGUAUCAAUGGAAGAAGACGCGUUGUGCCUGCAUGUUCUGAGCAGAUAAAGCCUGUAGUUGGUCAGAGGUUCGAAUCAUUAGAGUUUGCUCUCGCGUUUUAUGAUGUGUAUGCUAGGGCCGUUGGGUUUGACACGCGCAAACAAGGUGUGAGGAAGGUGGACGAAGUUACAACGUGGUAUUACGUCGUAUGCAAUAGGGAGGGCCAUAAGAAGUCCAUCGACGAUGACCAGUUGAAUGCACGUUCCGGUUUCUCAAUGAAGCGCCGACGCUUAUCGAAGAGAUGUGGUUGUAAAGCUAGUAUUUCCUUCAAGUAUUUCUCUGAUAAUGGACAUCCAGGUUAUAUGGUACAUGAUUUCAACGAGGUUCAUAACCAUGAGAUGGUUGAGUUCGAGCAUCAGCAGUUUAUGUCUGUGAACCGUCAUUUAGAUGACGUUCACCAGAAAUUCAUACUUGAUUGUUCAAAACCGAAUAUUGGACCCACAUUGACAUUUAAGGUUUUGAAAGAAACUCUUGGUGGGUUUGACCUCGUAGGUUGUACGGUCGGUGACAUCAGAAAUGCGUCACACGACAUUAAAGCAUAUGCGCAUGGUUUCGAUGUGCAAAUGGUAUUGGACGACAUGGCGAAAAAGAAGGAGAUGUCUGAGUCGUACACAUAUCAUUAUGAGGUUAAUGAAAACAACCAGUUGGUUGCGUUGUUUUGGUGUGACGGCUUAAUGAAACGGAACUACCAUAUGUUUGGUGACAUUGUAGCCUUUGACACCACCUAUAACACAAACAGGUAUUGCAUGAUAUUCUGUCCUUUCACGGGAAAGGACAAUCAUGGAAGCUCUGUAACCUUUGUCGCUGGCUUGGUAUGCAAUGAGAAAACAGGGGCGUUUGGAUGGUUGUUCAGACAUUUUGUUGAAUGCAUGGGCAUAGCACCGAAGAUGAUCGUGACAGAUCAAGACAAUGGAAUGAGAUCAGCCAUUGAAGAGGUUUUGGUUGGCACGCGUCACCGAUGGUGUAUGUGGCACAUAAUGCACAAGUUGUCCACCAAGGUCCCAAAUAGGUUGCUCAGGGAUGAAAUUUUCAAGAAGGAAUUUAGUGCAUGCGUUUGGUCCGAUCUGCUUGAGCCUGUCGAAUUUGAAGAGGAGUGGAAAAGAGUUGUGGAAAGUCAUGGGUUGGAAGACAUUGACUGGUUUAAGUCAUUGUACAAACACAGACAUUUCUGGAUACCGGCAUAUUUUAGAGAUUUUCCACUGGGUUCGAUGAUUAGGACCACAUCCAUUUCCGAAUCGGAGAACAGUUUCUACAAGAGAUUUUUGAAGCCCCGUGCGAACAUAGCCGAGUUCUACUUGAAUUUCAACCAUGCUGUUGAUUUUCAGCGUAACACUAGGACGACGUUAGACUACCACGAUGCCACUGCUUUGCCCAUUUUGGCGACUACCUUGCCGUUUGAGAAACAUGCUUCGACGCUUUACACCGAUACGAUGUUCAGAAAAAUACAGGAAGGAAUCGUUGAGGGUAAUGAUAGAUGUCGCGUGCUAGGAUUUUCUUCGUCUGAAUUUGUUGACACAUACAAGCUUGGGGAUAGCAAUCACAAAGCGUAUUUGGUGACUCAUGAUAGGAGUGAUGAGUCAUAUUAUUGCGAAUGCAAACUCUUUGGCAGGCAUGGAUAUUUGUGCAGACAUAUUUUUUUCAUUUUCAGGAACAAUGAGUUGAAGAAAAUACCAGAAAAAUACUGCCAGAGUAGAUGGAUGAAGACUCCGCUAGCAAAGGCGGUACAUGGGUGUCACGCCCGCAUUUUCUAAGGAUAUAAAACACGGUUGAUCGCGACUAGGGAGGGUUAAAGAAGCGGGGAAGAAAGGGGAAAACAACACAA